UUCUUUUGGCUCUAGCAAUCUACCUAGCUAACGCACAUAGUUCUAACUAAUCAGAUACACUUGCAUGAGGCAAGCAGUAGGCAAAUAAAGAUUGAAGGUAGUCGUGAAUGGGCUGAAACUGACUUCACACUUUGCGGUUUGCUGGUUACAGAAUGACCGAGAAGCCUGAGUGCACUAAAACUUUAAUUUUGUCACCUUCAGCUUAAACAUGCAUGCCGACGUCCUGGUUAAAUCCAUCGUUUUACUAAUUGCCGUGAUUAUUCCUGAAAGCUUCUUGCAGUUUACAAGACACCUCUCUGGUUCCUGCGAGCUGUCCGUGCGGGAAGCGGAAAACCAGUGCCGUUCUCCGGAUGGUCUGAUCUGCAGUGGGCGCGGACAGUGCGACUGUGGAAGAUGCAUCUGCCUCGUCAGUGAGCCGGGGAGAUUCUAUGGAUCCCGGUGUGAGUGCCAAGACUGGGUCUGUGAGAGAUUCAAUGGGAAACUUUGUGGAGGUCACGGGAAAUGCGACUGUGGAAAGUGCAAGUGUGCCCAUGGCUGGUUCGGUAAUGCAUGCCAUCAUCCCAAAACAUGCGGCAUUCCGAGAAAGCAGAGCAAUGAAAUGUGCCGCAAUGCAGAUGGGCUAAUGUGUUCCAAUGCAGGCACCUGUCACUGUGGAACCUGUAUCUGCAGUAAUUCUGGAGCUGACAAGUUUGUUUAUGGAAAGUUUUGUGAGUGUAAUGACGAAGAUUGCAUUGACGAUGAAACUGACGAGAUUUGUGGAGGCCAUGGAGCGUGUUACUGUGGUAACUGCUACUGCAUGCCGGGUUGGCAUGGCGAUAAAUGCGAAUAUGAGUGUGACAUCAGCCCAUGGGAGAGCAAGAAGAGAUGCACGUCACCAGGUGACCAGACGUGCAGCAGCCGAGGGAACUGUAUCUGUGGUGAAUGUGUGUGCUACGACCUAGAUCCCAGUGGGGAGUAUGGUGACAUUCAUGGGGAGACAUGCGAAUGUGAUGAGAGAGACUGCCACGCAGUUUACGACAGGUACUCCGAUGGCUUCUGUUCAGGUCACGGACAAUGCAACUGUGGAAAGUGUGACUGCAGGGAAGGCUGGACAGGUAGAACAUGCGAGCACCCUGUCUCCUGCCCCAUUUCACCUGAGCAAAGUUCACGGAAAUGCCAAGGAAACUCUAAGUUGUCCUGUUCAGGCACAGGAAAAUGCCAGUGUGGAUUGUGCUCCUGCUUUCCCCCAGGGGAUGACCGAGUGUAUGGGAAACACUGCGAGUGUGAUGAUCGCCAGUGCGAGGACAGUGAUGGGAUCAUCUGUGGCGGGAAUGGCAUCUGCUCGUGUGGGAGGUGUAUCUGCGAUGAUGAAUGGUUUGGGAAACACUGUGAAAUUCCCAGAGACUGCAGUAUGUCGGAGCAGCAGAGCAAGGACCUGUGCGAGUCUCCCGGUGGAUUAAUCUGUUCUGGAAAAGGGUCCUGCCACUGUGGGAGGUGUAUAUGUGGCUCCCCCCAGCAGUGGUACAUUACCGGCGAGUUCUGCGAAUGUGACGACCGACAGUGUGAUGAAUACGAAGGCAUCAUUUGCACAGGCAAUGGCGUGUGCAACUGUGGAAUCUGUGACUGCUGGGAUGAAUGGACUGGGAAUGCCUGUGAGAUCUGGAUUGGGGGAUUGGAGAGCUUCUGAAGGUUCAACGGGAACAGCAAAAGGUGCUUUAAUUUCUACCACGGAUGAUUAAGGAUAUUUUGAUAUGCACUGCACUCACCAAUAACCAUCUGCACUUGCUAAUGCUUCCAUUUUAGGACUGUUACUCGCCAGCAGCCAUGUACUGGAAGAAGAUACCGGUUUCACCAACACCACAGCCUAAGUGGCAAGAUGACCUUUAAUAAUAAAUAGUUAUUGGCCUGGGAAAUCUGACAAGCAUAUUACUGUCGGGAAUGAUGCAUUUUAAUGACUAGCUUCAGUAACGUAUAAGCUGCACAUACGUAGGCAAACAGUUUCCUUGUAUACAAUGCAAAAUGCCUAGGAAUUGAGGUCACAAAGGUCACGUGUUAUUCAGGUUAUUAUUAAAUGAGCAAAUGGCUAAUUACGAGGAUAUACCGUUGACAGUAAAUCUGUAAAUGGCUCAGAGUUUCGACUGAUCUACAAAUAACUGGAGCAAUAAACACAGAUUCCUACAGUGGCUGACGGUCGUUGAUUAAGUGUUUAAACGACACCUAUAGCUUCCUAAUAUUGUCUGCCUUUAAGCGUGCAUUUAUAAAGAUUUAUUUACACUUUGAAUAAAAUGAAUGACACUUUUAAGCAAA